CAACAACCAAGCUAGUGCCUAGUGCGAGUGCGUGCUGCCGCACACCUUCUCCGCUUGCAUUGCCUAUUAUACUCCAUCCAUCUACCGUAUUGCCGUAUAUAUUUCUCACCUCGAGCGAGGAGCAUCCGACUCCGAGUGGAGGGGUGAGAGGGAGGCCAUGAAGUCCAACCGGAACCUGUCGAGGGCGGAGGGGAAGAGGCUGGGGAAUGUGGCACUCAUAGCCUUCAUGCUCGGAUCCCUCCUGCUGCUCUCCCUCGCCAGGGCCAAGUUCUCCCCGAUCGGUAAAACAGGGGACACCAUCAAGGCAGAGGAGCAGCAGGCAAUGGCGAAGGCGAGCGGCGAGAUGGCCACCGCCCAUGACGCUGCAGCUGAGGAGGAGGAAGAGGAGACUCGGUCCAAGCCGACCGACUCCGAUAUUUCAGGCGCAGCCAUUGCGGUAGGCGACGACCACGCCGAGAGGGCGCGCAGGCCGGUGUGCUACGAGUCGAGCCGGCGGUCGGACACCUGCGAGGCGGCCGGCGACGUGCGCGUGGUGGGGCGCGCGCAGACGGUGCUCGUGGGCGCGCUGGACCGGGAGUGGAAGGUGAAGCCCUACUGCCGGAAGCACGACGCGUUCGCGCUGUCCCACGUCAAGGAGUGGACGCUCCGUCCGCUUGUCGGCGGCAGCGACGGUGACGAGGCGCCGCGGUGCACGGUGAACAGCUCGGCCACGGCGUUCGUGCUGUCCACGGGGGGGUUCACGGGGAACCUGUUCCACGACUACACGGACGUGCUGAUCCCAGCGUUCAUCACGGCGCGGCGGUACGGCGGCGACGUGCAGCUGCUGGUGAGCAGCCACAAGCCGUGGUGGGCCGCCAAGUACAUGCCGGUACUGCAGCAGUUGAGCCGGCACGAGCUGGUGGACGCGGACGCCGACGGCGAGGUCCGGUGCUACCCGCGCGUGGUGGUGGGGCCGACGUUCCACCGGGAGCUGGGCGUGGGCGCGGAGACGAAGGCGCCCGGUGGCGAGGAGGAGGGGGUGUCGAUGCCGGAGUUCCGCGCGAUGCUGCGGCGCGCGCUGGGGCUGGAGCGCGCGGCGGCGGCGCCGAGCGGGGACCGGUGGGACGUCCGGCGGCGGCCGCGGCUGCUGAUCAUCUCGCGGCGGCAGUCGCGGCGGCUGCUGAACGAGCGCGCCAUGGCGGACAUGGCGACGAGCCUGGGGUUCGACGUGCGCGUGGGCGACCCGGAGGCGAGCACGGACGUGGCGCGGUUCGCGCGGCUGGUGAACUCGGCGGACGUGAUGGUGGGCGUGCACGGCGACGGGCUCACCAACAUGGUGUUCCUCCCCGCGGGGGCCGUGCUGGUGCAGGUGGUGCCGUACGGCGGGCUGGAGUGGCUGGCGCGCGGCAUGUUCCGGGACCCCGCGGCCGGGAUGCAGGUGCACUACCUCGAGUACGUGGUGCGGGCGGGCGAGACGACGCUGAGCGAGGAGUACGGCGAGGACGACCCGGUCAUCAGGGACCCCGCCGCCGUCCACAGGAAAGGGUGGGACGCGCUCAAGGCCGUGUACCUGGACAAGCAGGACGUCCGGCCGCACCUGGGCAGGCUCAGGAACACCUUGCUCCAGGCGCUCAAGCUGCUGCCCCAUGGACGGCAGAGCACCGACUGAUCAUCCUUGGCUUGCUGGCGUCAGUGGUCACGGUCGUGCAGAUGGUGUGGUCCAAAGCUAAGAUUAAUUGGCAAGGACCUUGAAUUCGAAUGGGCCGUGGGUUUGUUCUGUAGGUAGAUGCUACAUAGCUACAGUAGAUAGGUUUUAAUGAUGUCAUUACAUGACAGAUCAUCAUGUGGUCAUUAAUCUUCUUUUUUUUUAAAAA